UGUACUGAUCAAACCUCCACACAGCAACCGCCAAGUGCUUCAAAUUCCUAACUUUGUCUCUUAUUAUAAUUCUCUCUCUCUCUCUCUUUUGCAUUUCCAUGGAAGGGAAGCCAUAGAUAUGCUUUGAAGCUCUCUGUAGUUUUUGUUUGUGGGAAGAGAUCUAGAGGCUUUCGACAUGCCGAGGCAGAACAAGAGCGUGGAGAAUCUGCUACUGCAAGGGAAAAUCAGGAAGCGUGGAAUUUCGUCAUCGCCGUCAUCAUCGACGUCGUCGGUUCUCCGGGAGGGUUACAGGUUCAAGAGAGCGAUUGUGGUCGGGAAGAGAGGAGGAUCCACUACUCCUGUCCCUACGUGGAGGCUGAUCGGCCGAUCUCCGACUCCAGCCUCCGCAUUGCGACCCGCCGCGUCUCCGAGGUAUGCGCCGUCGCAAAGCGGGAGCAAGUCCGGUGCUGCGGCGGCGGCGGCCCCACCGGUUUCGGCGAGGAAGCUGGCGGCGACGCUGUGGGAGAUGAACGAGAUCCCGUCGCCUAGAGUGGCGAAGGAGAGCGAGGAGAACAGGAUGGCGGAGGCGAGGAGGAAGACGAGGAAGGAAAGAGGCGUGCCUCCUCCGCCUCCGCCGAGGUCGGUGCACUCCCCUUACUUGCCGCCUCACCUCUCCGAUCCAUCUCAUAGCCCCAUCUCCGAGAGGAUGGAGAGAUCAGGGACUGGAAGCCGCCAGAGAAGAGCAUCCUCCAUCUUGCAGAAGCUUAGGCUUGCAGACCACAAUGUCGGCCCGAUGGAUUCUAUCAGCAACGGCAGCUUCAUGGAUAUCGAGACUCGAUCACGGGUGGAGACUCCGGCUGGAUCAAAUGUGGGAGUCAAGACACGGUUAAAGGAUGCUAGUAACGCUCUGACCACAUCAAAAGAGCUACUCAAAAUCAUUAAUCGGAUGUGGGGUCAAGAGGAGCGGCCAUCUUCGAGCAUGUCCCUCAUCUCAGCUUUACAUGCCGAGCUCGAAAGAGCUCGCCUGCAGGUCAAUCAGUUCAUCCAAGAACAGCGAUCAGAUCACAGCGACAUUAACUACUUGAUGAAACGCUUUGCCGAAGAAAAAGCAGCGUGGAAAAACAAGGAGCAGGAGAUUGUUGAGGCAGCAGUUGAAUCUGUUGCUGGUGAACUCGAGGUAGAGAGGAAGCUGAGGAAACGGCUCGAGAGUCUGAACAAGAAGUUAGGCAAGGAAUUGGCCGAGACAAAGUCAGCUCUGAUGAAAGCUGUGAAAGAAAUCGAGAACGAGAAGAGAGUGAGGCUGAUGGUUGAGAAAGUGUGCGAUGAACUAGCUAGGGACAUAAGCGAAGACAAAGCCGAAGUCGAGGAACUCAAGAGGGAAUCUUUAAAAGCGAGAGAAGAGGUCGAGAAGGAACGGGAGAUGCUGCAGUUAGCCGAUGCCUUACGGGAGGAGAGGGUCCAGAUGAAACUCUCGGAAGCCAAACACCAGCUCGAGGAGAAAAACGCUGCGGUCGAUAAACUGAGGACACAGCUUCAGGCUUACCUCGGAGCCAAAAGAUCGAAAGAGAAAUCUCGAGGACCUCAAGGCCAUGUAAACGCCGAGGAGAUCGCAGAGUUCCUGAUGAACAACAACAUCCAUUUCAGCUCAUUUAACGAAGAAGAUGGAGAAGUGGUGGAGGAGGAUGGAGAUGAAUCAGAGCAAGAUUCAGGGGAAAGCGAUCUUCAUUCGAUAGAACUGAAUAUGGACAAUAAUAACAACAGCAACAGAAGCUCCUACAAAUGGCCAACAACAACAAUGUUCGAGGAAGAGACGAAAGGCAGAAGAUCGACGUCGAGCAUAAUAGCGUCGAGGAUGAAAAGCUCGUCUCUACAAAGGAGCAUAUCGGAUGGAAUCGACUGGGUAGGCCAGAGCGAGAAGCUUCAGAAAGCGUCAGAUGGGUCGGAGCAUAAAGGAGGAGGGUAUCCAGACAAGGGCUGUAAUAAAGAUCACGUCUUGAUGGGUUCAAGACCAAGUAAAGCUCGAGGAUAUGGUGGGGAGAGACCUCCACCGGCCGGACCAGGACCGGUUUCCAAGUCACGGCUGUCUGAAACUAAAGGGGAGAGCCAUAACGGUAGAAAACCGAGAUGGUGAUGAUCCAGAUUUUAGGCCCCUUUCUACCACUCUCUUCACUUUCUGCUCUCUCUCUCUCUUUUUUGUUUUGCUGAGUGAUUUUUUUUUCCCCCUGACCAGUCCAAGCUUUUUCCAUGUACAAAACCGACAUGCACCAGCAUCUUCCCCGAUAUGCAUUGCCGUUCCUUUGGACAAGGCAUGUUACAUUUUAGGCCUAAGUAACACUGCUUGCCGUUUGAAUCUAGGAAAGAUGGAAGUGGUCGUCUGGUCUCGGCCUAUAAAACGA